UCUGCCUAGCACAUUACACUUGAAAAUGGUUGUCGAUCCAGAAACGUCCAUAAAAAAACCUUCGAAUUUGCUUAGAGAAGCAGCAAAAUCUUCUGUCAUGAAGGAAAAGGAGCAGCAUUUUGGCGACUUUCAUAGGAAAAUCCCAGACAUAAAAAAAGUUGGAGCUGGAAAGCAGCUGAUCGAUGCCGAGGAAAGCAAGCAAGAGACCGCCUACGAUAACUACCUCAAUUCGUUCAUCAAGGUGGAGGACAGGCGGUAUCUUCCCAACGAUAGUGUCAUGCACCGCCUGGUUCCCUUGAGAGCCACAGUGGGCACGUUUGUGAUGACACCUUCCCAGUUCAAGGACGUGCACUUUCCGCCCCUGGGAACGUUCUUCUAUUUCAGCGACAGAAAUGUCGCCCACGACCCCUUGACCUUGGCUCUUGCUGAGCGCGAGAAGCGGAAUGCAGCCAAAUCGCUGUCGACUAUCAUCUUUGUGAGCACUCGUGACUCAAAGGGUUUUAGUGUUUCCGGCUACAUUGACUUGGAGCAGAGUUUACGUAGCUUCAAGGUCGCUGGGGUCAAGUCGCACCCUUGGGCAGAUAUUUUCGCAGGCCGCCGUCGCCUAGAACCAAAUCGUCAGGACCUGAGCUUCAUCACUUGGAACAAUGGCAAGGUCUUCUACAACGAAUCCGAUAACUACAAGAUUAUUCCGGAUGCUGUCAAGGGCCUAUGCUUCUUGUACAAGGGCGAUGGAACUCUGCUCCCCGUUGAAAAAUAUAUAACCGAAGAGCAUCCUCUAUGCAAAUUUAUCGAGUCGCCGAAACACGGGUCGACCGUUAUAUACGAUCAUCGUAUACGGCGGAAGAUGUGAAUGACAUACAAAUUCAAUAAAAUUGAUGGGAUUUUUAA